AUGAGCAGCCGUCCUGGAACUGGACGACUCGGACGACGAAACACCGUGCAUCAAACUGAAGGAGAGGACAAAAAGGCAGAGCCAAGUGCUUUGGCUCCUGCUUGUCCUCGAGAAGCUGAAAGCUCACCUGCGACAAGUCCACCGAUCGAGCUGUUGCCAUUUGUCAGGCUGCAUGCCUGCCACAAAGAGUUGAAAGGCAUCCCAGAGACUUUGUUGGAGGCUGAGUUGAAUGAGGCGUUGGAGUGGAGCCGUCCAGAAAGCAACAAGAAGUUCCGCUUGGCGGUGCGUGGGCACUACUUGCUCAUCCUGGAUGACUCUGGUAGUCGCAUUCCUCUGCGUGAAGAUGAGCUCAUCGGACUUGAGGUCCUCACCAAGCGUGGCAGCGAGGGAAUUCCUCCGCUGGUCGGCUUGAAAACUGUAAAACCAGAGGAGAGCAAGGACUCCAAAGCAAAGGGAGAAGGAGCAGCUGCCAAGGCUCCUGUCCCGAAGGGCAAGGGGGCACCAUCAAAGCCAGUGGACUCUGCAUGGCUGCUAGUAGCUGAAGGUGGCGAGGAGUGUGUUCACCGAGCAGUGUUGUCCUUGGCUGGUGCCGGGGCUUUGCGGUCAGACUUCGAAGCGGCUUAUCACAUGGAAGAUGGAGUUGUAGGAACGGGUAGCUUCGGGAGUGUCCAUAAGGCAAGAGUCAAGAACUCCAAGGGCGAGAAGGAGAGAGGUGGAGAGCCAUUGGUGGUGAAAUGUAUUGACCCCGCUGGCUUUUGCGAAGGCAAGGACAAAGAAGCUGAAGCUAUUCCCAAGCUUUUGCGAUCUGAAAUGUCCUUCAUGCUAACUGCAAAGGGGCAUCCUCACAUUUUAGCGCUUCAUGCAAUUUUUCGUCAUAUGUCCGGCUCAUGGAUGUUGGUCACGGACUUUUGUGCUGGUGGCGAUGCAUUUACACACAUUGCAAAGACCGGUGUGCAGACAGAGGCCAGUUGCAAAGUCCUGCUGGAUGGACUCUUGAGUGCACUGAGUCAUCUCGGUGGAUUGCGAAUUCUUCACCGCGAUGUCAAGCCAGAGAAUUUGCUUCUUCAAACAGGUGGUCGCCCUGUACUGUGCGACUUUGGCCUUGCUUGUUCCGAAUCUGAUCCCGAGGAAACAAAGCGGCGUGUGGGGUCUCCAGGGUACAUUUCACCCGAGGUGCUUCUUGGAUCUGCAUGCACCCACAAGGCUGAUGUUUUUGCGGCUGGUGGGACGCUGCACUUUGCAAUGACUGGGAGUGCGCCGUUUUUGGGCAAAGACAUGGCCAGUACUCUCCACAAGACCAUGUUCGAGCAGGUGUAUUACAACUCGCCGGAGAACGACAAACACAGUGACCAGUGCAAGGAGUUUGCCUGCCUUCUUCUGUCCAAAGCACCUGAAGAGCGCCCGUCAGCCGCGGAGGCGCUUCGAAAUGCUUGGAUUGGACGAAAGGAAGACCUCAGCCUGAGGCCACCUUCCAGCAUGGCACCAGGGCGAGCUGCAACUAAUCCAGGAAAGCGAAGGGCCAUGACGGUGAAAGCUGACAAACUAUCCUUUGCUGCUUCGGAUCUGUCUCCGACGGGAUCAUUGACAAUGGGCAAGACAUUUUCGCAAAAGUCCGACAGCACUCCUCCUCGCCCAGCGAGUUCCUUCCGAAAGGGCAGGGCCAUCCCUCGCGCUGCAGACGAGAGAAUGGUGAGGGGAGGAUAA